AUGGCGACGUGGAUACUUUGGUUGUUAGGUUUCGUAUACGUCACUGUUUUACCAGUGACADGUGGCGAUGUCUACCAAGAGUUCAAAAGAGACUGGUGCCGAGAAAGACAAGCCAGACAAGAUUGGCGCUCACUUAGCGCGUCCUGCAAGGGACGGGUCCGUCAGUGGGGGUACGAAAAGUGGCCCAAGGACUCAAGUACCAAUGCUAAUGAUAGCUAUAUUGCCUGGGUGGACCCUAAACUCGCAGGACAAUUCACUAAGAUUUAUAUUCAAACAGUUUCAAUGAAAAACACGUCAAAAGUUAUUGGGGGAGAUUCAUGGAGGCUCAAAGUCAUCGGACGUUCCAGCCUAAUGGGGUCAAUGUAUGAUCUGGGAAAUGGGACCUACGAGAUGGCGCUUCUACUCUUUGAGCCUGGGACAUAUACAGCACAGCUGACCCUGGACUACUCGCUUUGUCACGGGUUGAAAAAUCCGCCAUAUGAUUGGUUUAGAAAAGGCUGCAGACACGGGUCUUUUCAGCGCGAGGACUCUCUGCAUUCUGAAGAUGAUUACAUUGAUCAGAAGUUUAGACAUGGUUCGACUAUCACUAUCACAGUAAAAGARCCACCAACCCACGAAAAACAAGAAUUGUUGAUGGCGGAUUUUGACAGUCAAGAAUGGUGUCCAGAGAACUGCACGCUCGUGUGGGAUGGUUUUGGUAGAUGGAUAGACGAUGAAUGGCAGCCUUAUCUAGAGAGUAAGCCUUGUCUAUAUAUGUAUGGAGGAAAGGAYUUAAACAUCACAAUAAUAUUAGAAGAACUACUGUCUGUUGUACGUCAGCCUUGUAUGGACGAGAACAGCUCCCUACUGCUCAACACAGGAAUCCAUCUGCUGAAGAGCACGACCUUUAGGAAUUACCAGAAUAUUAUCAAAGGAAUGGCGAGGGUGCUGAAGGCGCAUUAUAGAGGUAAAGUUGUAUGGAAGACUAUUACAGCUCUGGGAGAACAGACGCAUUUGUACUCUGGGUGUGCGCGACGAUUCCAUACUGAACAGCUUAAGGCUACUUGCCCUUGA